AUGGCUUCGAUGUACACAAACGUCAUGGCCCUUCUUGAUGGCCAUACGCAGAAGAAAGACAGUCUUGCUGUAGAAGUGGCUUCUCUGCGUGUGGAAAACACCUUUCUGCGAAGUACGUCACCAGGGCUGCAGCACACCUGGGGGCCAUACACGCCUCCGCGGCCACAGAAUCAACCAGCCUUGGAAUGGGUUGUCACCAAGGAAAUGCUCCAAGAAACGCUGCGAGGCCACAAUGCCGACAUUGAUGAAUCUUUCGCGUUGAGCAAGGCGUUGGACUUCCCGUCUCGGGAGCGCUCCCAUGCACAGCACAUUGUCAGCAACCGAUUGUUCCAGGAUUGGAUAGCCUCACCGCACUCAACCAAGCUUUUGAUGUUACGUGGUCAUCCACGCUUCAUACCUCUCAUAUGGCUUUGUGGUCUCCAUCUUGAUCCGGAUGAGAGCUCAGUGGGUGGUGGCUCCAUGCUCUGCAGCCUCAUUGACCAGCUUCUGCGUCGACAUGAAUUUGACUUGAGUUCGAUAACAACAACUGGAGCUGUCGAUUUCAACCUCUUGCAGGCUGGCGACGACAAAGAGUUGUUGCGCUCACUGUACUUCCUGGUUCUUCAGAUUCCAGACGCCAUCACCCUCGUUCUCCUCAUAGACAACGUCGUGCUUUACGAACGAGAGGAGAUGAAUGCUUUCGAUGCUUUGGCCGGUCUAUUAGGAAUGUGA